AGAUAAACUAGUGCAGCCAGUUCAGGUAAAAAGAACAGACCUAAUAUUACGAAAAAAUUCUGGAUAGACUUUGCAAAAGCACGAGAUUCAUUGAUGUAAAUAUUCGAGAAUGAGAGAAAUUAUAAGCAGAACAUAAAUAUUUGUAUAUUUGUAUAUUUCUCUAUACAUUAAUAAACGUACGUCAAUUGUUCAACUCAAAAUAAAUUGUACUAUAAUCAUUUGUUUAAUUAACUGUUUGUGUAGUAGUGUUACCGUAUUCUUCUAGAAAUUUUUUGAUUCUCUAUAUGAGUGACUUCUAACCUUAAAUGCACAUAAUAUGAUAUUAUGUACAUACAUACAUAUUAUAAUGACAACAGGCAGCAUUUAUUACUUCAAAUUAUGCACGUGCAAUGAUAUUCCGGAGUGAAUUUGAUAUAAUUAUUUCAAGUGUUAAGUAGUGAUAAUUUUUAAAAAACAAUCAACAACCAAUCACAAGCGUGUCGCAGCGUUUUUCUUUGUGUUUCCUUUUGUUUUUUUUUCUGUUAGUCGCUUUGAGGACGCCGUCAAGUGAAGUUGCGUUAAACGACAGAUACGCUGUGACUAGUGAAUUACUGAUAUUACAAAGUCGUUCAACUUUUAUCAGAUCGUUGUACUAUUAUCGUUUAUUUGAUAUUUAUACUACAGUUAAACAAUUGAGUGUUGUUUUGUUCAAAUAAACAUUAUUCAGAGAAGUGAUCAUAAACAUGACAACGCUCACUGUCUAUCUCUUUUCCACAUGACCGAUCUCUUUUAAACAAUUUCAAAUAUCUAACAAAAUGUCAUCCUCUGAUUCGAUCGUUCACGAAAAAGUUUGCACAGUAAAAUCCGACAACAAAGUGCAAUUUCCUGAAAUAGUUGACGAUAAAAUUAACACUGAAGAAUUUUUGCAAGCAUCUCGUGAUGUUGUGCACAUACUUGAUAAAUUUGGCAAAUUAUUUGCUCCUGUACGAUAUGACAUGCAAAAAAACAUUAAUAAACUCGCAAUCAGAUAUUCCACAGAUAAAAAGAGUAACUUGACUUUACAAGACAUGAUCUUGCUUGAAAAAUCUACUGAAAAAGAUCUUGUUGCAGUUGAUGCUUUAAUGUGGUUAAGAAGGGCUUUGCACAUGAUUUUAUUAUUUUUUGAAAGAAUUAUAGAAGAUCACAAAGCUGGGAAUGCAACAGAGGAUUUAGUUGCAUUUUUAAGAAAAGCAUACAAAGAAACUUUGGAACCAUAUCAUGGUUGGAUGACACAACAACUAUUUAAUCUCUUAUCGCGAAUGACACCCACUCGUUCACAGCUCUUACUAGCACUAGCAGAUGGUGAAGUGGGAAAAGAAGAAAUUACAUUAUAUAACAUGGAAUUAUCUUUGAUAAAUCUUAAAAAAAAUGUAUUAACUUUAAAAACAUUUUAUGAUGAUCAUAAUCUAGAAAUUACUACUGUAGUAUAAUGCUAGUAUUAAAAUUUAAUGUUACCUUUAUAAAUACACAAAAAGUAUAUACAUAUAUAUGAUAUAUUAAUAAUUUAAUAU